AGUUCUUAGUAUAACGCUAACAGACUCUUCUAGCUUUAAAACGUGUCGACGAAAUAUAUAGGAGAGGUUCAAAAGGGACAUUAUAACAAUUGCGUCAAGCUUUAUUAAAAACGUCGUAGUUAUUAGCUUAGUUAUUAGCUGCUGAACGUCAUAUUAGCGGAGGGCUGAUGACAGCAGGCUAACGUGCUAGCAGUAAACGUGCGUCGUGCUAACAUUAUUUUCUCUAAUUAGUUAAUUUGUGGGACUUUACCAUGUCGUUAGCAUAAUGCGAGUCAAUAGUAACAGUUAUGUAUAACGACAUAUAAAAGUGACGUAAGUAGCUCCGUUAAACGACGUGCGUGAGAGUGGAGACAUGAACAUGCCGCUCGGGAGGAACGGGUUCAUCGGGCUUGCUGUGGGAGCUACAGCCGGCUUGGGUUUGAUUGCCUUCAUCAUUUACAAAGAGAUCAGCAAGAGAAGAUGCCAGAGUCUGGUGCUGGAGGCCAGGCCAGCCGCCUGCGUGUUUGACGGGGCUGAUGGAGCCGCGCUGCUGCGGGAGACGCUGGAUGCACAAGAGGCGGAGGCCCAGCAGCAGGCUCUGGCAGCAGUGGAGGCUGUGGUGCAGGGCCUGUCCCCAGAGCAGCAACUGGAGCUCAGGAACCAGCUGGACCAGGUGCUGACCUGCGUGUCCUCGCUGCGCUCAGAGGUGGCCGAGCUGAGGGGGGGUCUGCAGGACAUCGCCCUGCAGAUCAUCCAGGAUGUCAAAAAGGGAGUAGAGGACAGCCAGCGUGUACGCAGGCGCCGUCACAUCCAUAGAGACCGCACUGACUCCAACAGCUCCAGCUCCAUCUACUUCACUGCCAGCCAAGGUGUGGCCAGCGCAUAUGAGGAGACCAGUGAAGGAGGGUACUCCACAGCCUACGCUGAGUCUGACUACACUGACCGAGACACUGACAAAGAGGAGGGAGAGAAGGAGCCUGAACAGGAGUCUGAGGAAGAGGAAGACAAGAGCUGUGCUACCGUCCUCACCCUCCGCCAGGAAGACUCCCAGGAAGAGGAGGUGGAGGAGGAGAGGGGGCUGGAAGAAGAGGAUGAGGAUGAAGAGGAGGGGAGGCUGCAGCUGGUGACUGAAGUUCCCAGUGGAGAGCUGGCUCUCCUCCUGGCACAGAGUGACAUCCUCCACACAGGAGACGCCAGCUUAAAAGCAGAGGGCUUUCAACUGCUGCUGGACAACAGAGCAGAGUAUGGAGACAGCAGAGAGUUUCUAUGGCGACUGGCUCGGGCGUACAAUGAUAUGUACGAGUCUGCAAAGGACAAACAAGAGAAGAAGAACUACGCACAACAAGGUCGAGAGGAGGCAGAGCUGGCCCUGAAGAAGAACGGCCUCAGCGCUGAGUGUCACAAAUGGUUCGCCAUGCUGACAGGACUGACCUCCCAGCAUGACAGCAUGCACAGCAAACUGAAGAGCAGCCACAUACUGAAGGAACAUCUGGACCGUGCCAUCGCCCUCAGAGAUGAUGACCCCAUGUGCUUCUACCUGCUGGGCAGAUGGUGCUAUGAGGUGACCACACUUGAUUGGCUGGAGAAGAAGGCUGCUGCUGCUCUCUACCAGACCCCCCCCAAUUCUACCCUGCACGACGCCCUGGAGAACUUCCUCAAGGCAGAAGAACUCAGUCCAGGCUUCUCCAAGACUGUAAGAUUUUACAUUGCAAAGUGUCACCAGGAGCUAGGCAACAUCUCUGAGGCAACUAAUUGGACGGAGCUGGCUGUGAAGAUGCCCUCUAACACCAAUGAUGAUGAAGAAACGAGCAAACUGGAGGCUCAGCUUCGCGCGUUAACUGGCAAAAAAAUUUGAACUUAUUUUCUACUGAAAAUCACCACGAAAGCACUCAGCCGAUGCCACCGAUUGGCCAUGUGAAUGCUGCCCAUCUCUGAUCAUCCAAUCAGACAAGUACUACAAUGGCGGCUCACUAAUAUCUUUCCCUUCACUGGUGGAUAUCUUUGUCAUACUGUCACUGUGAAAUGAUAUGGAGUUUAUUAAUAUUUAUUUAUUUUGCAGACUUUCACUGAGGAAUAUAUAUUGUAUAUCUAACUUUUUUUUUAAUUGUUUGUCUUGUUGAACUGAUAAUCAAGUCCUUUAAACACAAGGUGGUUUUAGUUUUUCAGCACAUUUGUCUUAAUUGAACAGGCAUAUUUAAAGGGUCAGUUCAACCAAAUAAUUACACAUGGAUUCUACUAUAGUGUGUGGUUUUAUUUGUGCAGGUUUUUGCCUUCACCCUAGAAGAGAAUGGGGAAUGAGUUUGUGCUAUUUGAGUAAUAUAGGUGGAGACAGAGAUAGAUGGUAAGAGGUGUGUUCAUGGUCGUUUGGGAGGAUCAGUCCAGUUACUGUAAUUAGUCGCACUGUCAGAAGAACAUAUCAAUGAAUUUAAGGGAGCAGAAGGUUGUCUAAGAGGAGAUUCAACCUACAAUGGGAGGGGGAGCAUGGGAAUUUUACAUUGUGUUGCAAAUGAAUUGUGUAAUGUUAUUUAUGCAGGUAAUAUGUUGGACUGUGUUGGAACGUGGAGCAUGUAGUCCAGUUUGAUCAGGGAUGUUAGCAGAGCUUUAAGGGAAGAGAAAGAGGGAGUAGAGAACUUUAACUUCAUUCUGCCAGGUUUGUGUGGAGAUAAAUGAUGCUUCAUUUAAUGUAGAUGUAGUGAUAGACUCAUAGACUGUAGUGUUUUGAUCAAAAUAAGUCUUCAAAUGUAUUUUAUUUAAUUUAUUAUCCCCCUCUUUAAACUUUAAAUCAUGUCAUUUCCCCCUAUAGAUUAGAAAACUGUAGUGGCGCUCACACAGUAAACUGACAAUGUAAGGAGAUUUCUGAUUGGUAAUGACUGACGUGUUCAAAUGUUCCUGUAUUUUUUCCUUUGAGUGUGUUUUGCUGCCUUCUGAUAUUUGAGUGUUUUUACAUUCCUGUUAUUUUCUGAAGUGAAAGCUGAGAUACAGUUUGUUAGCAGAUGACUUUAAUGGCACUUUGUUUUCUCUAUUUAAUUUAUUGUGUUGAUUU